AUGGCCAGUAUAUCCAUUCGAGAAUCGAUACGAUGGCUGCCCGACGAGGCGGCGGAGCCGACGACGACGAUUGUCCUCACCUCUCCGCAGCGGCGCUUCGUCGACCUCCGCGUCUUCAAGCCCCCGACCGGGGAGAACGCUGAGGACGGCAACGACGACCUCCCGCUGACCCGACUGGACUGGGCUGUCGCCGGAUCAACAUCAUCGGUUACGCACCCCAAUGGACGAGGCACGCAUGCAAAGUGGCAUCACUGGGUGGACUCGAUGACGAACGAUGCCGAGGCAGUAGUGGAUGAGGGUGACAUGGUUACCCAACCUGAUGGCACGACGCUCGAGAUGGGAUCCAUGGUGAACCCGGCUACGGGGAAGGACACGUCGUACGAGGAGGUCUGGCGCGAUUUCGACCCGCUCCCGCCGCCGGGGAGCACGCUCGUCUGCCUCGUCCUCGAGCGGGAUGAAGGGGGCUGUCGCGGUCGUGUUGUCCGUCUCGGUCGGUAUUGCCAGGGUUUCGUCCGCGCCGGCGAACGUAUCGCGCUGGAGCGUUGGCAGUGGUCCCCUGGGGGCGGCGGCUGGCGUAGGGCCGUCAGUAUGAGUGACGGGAGCGGCGACGGGGCUCUACUCGCCCUUCCGUGUUCCGCCGCGCUCGAGGACGGCACCGAUUUCCGGGUAGGUGAAUUCGUUGGUGCCAGAUUCGAGGCGUGGAAGGUGGUCGAAGUGGUUCACCAGCAACGGAGCCGACACGGCGAAUCAUAG